AUGGAUAGAACUGAUAUAGAGGCGAAUGCAAAGGAAAAUGUACCGCCAGAAAGGAAGCAUAAUGGGUUCAAGUUUAAUACUAAAAAAAUAAACAGAAGACACACCCUUCAACCAUUAAGAAGUAUUCUUAAACCUACAGUGGAUGACUACAAUACAAUUGCGGUUAUCCCCGGAAAUAAGGAAAAGAGAAGAGUUUCAUUUGCCCCUGAGGUUACUUUACAUAAAAUCACACACUAUACCCGGUAUCCAGACAAAGCACUAAGAAGAUCAGAUGUUCAAGCACUUGUUGGUCCUCAAAGGCGCAUGUCAUUGCCCCCAGUAACGGGCACCUUUUUUAAGAAGAGCAAGCUUGAUGAGUUUAUGAAGAAUUUUGCAUCAGGUCGGUUGUCACUUGGUGCUUUACCGAAUGAUAAACAGCCAGAGUCUACUUCUCAGCAUGAAAUCUUAGAUGAGAAGAUUACUGACGGUAACUCUAGCGACGAGAUAGAUGAAGAUAAUUCAACACAGACUAUGGAUCUAUCGACUGAAAUAGUAGCUGUUUCCAAUAAUAAUCAGUUGGUGACCCAGGAAUCACAAUCACAAUCUGAAGAGCCAGAUGCAAAUGACAUGUUUCAAGAUGCAGUGCAAGAUUUGCAGGAGGAUGAUCAGACAACAGUAAUGAAUAUGGAAACCUCGGUGCCAUUGCCAACUGCAAGCCCUAAUGUUGAAGAGAUUUCUCCGCUAAAGAAAGACUCUAACGAUAGCAGAAUAAGUAUUAUUUCCGAUGACAGUACAAAAGCCAUGGAAAUGGGAAGCAGGAGGAGUACAAUUGGUCAAAAAUCGACGAUCAGAUUGGAAGAGGCGGAUGAAACGAUGGCAAUGGAUCUCACUGGAAGUGUGAAUGGUGAAAUACCGGUAAUUCAACCAGAAGCUUCAAUAGAGAAGCCUACCAAUAAACGACCUUUGGAAAUUACUUCUGCAGAGUAUGAUCAAGGACAUACAGCAAAACGCCAAAGGCUUUCUAUUUCAUCGUCACCCCAAAGCCCGAUUAAGAAGGAUGAUGAAGAUGUUAAAUCAGAUGUUAAUAAGGAUGAGAAUAAACAGGAUUCUGGUUCUAGAACUGAAGACGUGGCAAAUUCAAGCUAUAGUGAGCAGUUGACUACAGAGUUGGUUCCUUUGGCAGAAGUUUCUAACGAGAGUAUCCAUGUUGCUCCAGAAAGCAAUAUUGAAAGUAGUCUGGAUAUUGAAUCCGAUCAUGAUACCGAUGAAAUGUCUGAGGCUGAUUCGGAAUAUAAUUACCAAAACGUGGAGCUUUCCGAAUUUUUAAAUGAGGUUGGUGUACAAUUUUUUGAUUUCAUUGGUCCAACGGAAAGGGCCCGGUCCGUAGAUUUUGACACAAGCCAUAAAGCCUCACUGAUCGAGUAUGUGAAGUCAACAAAUAGCAUUCCAGAGUUUAGAUAUUUUGAGCAUCUUAUUACGCAAUAUAGAAGCAGCAUUAAAAAUAUUCGAGGUAUUGUUUCUGACUUCGAGAAAAGUGUUGGAGAGAACAACCCUACUUCUAUCAGGGAAUAUUAUGAGCAAACUGACCUUUUAAGGCAGGAUCUUAAGCUUAACUAUCAAGCUCUAGCUAGUUUUGCUCGUCAGAAGGCCAAGAAAGAAAAUUUAGCAUAUCUUAUGGGUCUUCUAAAGCAAUUAAAGAGUUCCUAUCUGGAUAGUGAUGCUCUGCUUGAUGUGCAACUAGAGAAAGUACUUGAUAUUCGUAAAGGUAUUCUUCUGUCCCAGCAAAAGCUAAUUGAGCGUAAGGCUAAACUAAGGGGCGAACUAGCGGAGCUUGUUCGAAAGAGGAAGAAUAUCAAUAGUGAAGAUUUGGUUCAAUGCCGCAACUUGAGGGCUACGAUAAAUGAAGUUCUUUCUAAGCAGAAGGGGAUUGAGAAAGAGAUUGAUUCUCUUCAUGAAAAAACAGCCUCCGAAGAAAAAGAAGUUGAGCUUGCAGAAAGAUAUGUUGCAUUGCUUGAGGAAAAGAACGGUAAUGCCAAUGAUCGUUUGCAGAGCAUCAGGGUUCCGAGUAAUGAUGAGCUUUCAGCUCUUCAAGUUCAGCUAUCCAUGUUACAGAAAACCUCUGGGGUAGAAAUUGUUUCGAUAAACGCUGAUUCUCUGAAAAUAUAUGUUCAGGGCCUGGUAAGCAUUGACUUGAGUUUUUCUGGUGAGGUGAACUCUUUAGAAGUAACAAGUACUGGAGAUCAAAGCAACGAUCUUCUUCUUUCUGACUUCAAGGGUGAAUUGCUCAAACAGAAAGUGGGUACUGACUUCGUUGAGUACAUCGGCAGAAUCAAAAGCUCAACCUCAGACUUCAAAUUUCUAAUGCGAGAUCUCACAGUAUUAAAAUUGCGUUAUGAGUCUGUGAGAAAGACGGCGAUCCCUGCGGGGUAUGAAGGAAUCGUUCUAUAUCAGCCUGGAAAAUACAAGUUGAGCAUGAUUUAUAACUUGCACGAUCUUGUAAACUUCAAAGAGCAGAUCAAAGUUAAAGCGAAGUUGUUUUCCUUCACCCCUGAUGAUGAUCUAAACGUCACUACAAUUUUACACAGUGCAGUUGAGAGUUCGCGGUUGAAAAUUCCAACAUUGGAACGGUUUUCGAUAUGGUAA